AUGAGUACAUUGAGCUGGAACUGCCGUGGCUUGGGUAAUCUACGGACAGUUCGGGAAAUUGAGGACGUAGUGUCCCGUAAGAAACCCGAUUUUGUAUUUCUGAUGGAAACCAAGGUUAACCGAGAUCAUGCAGAGCGUCUUCGGGUAAAGCUUGGGUUCGAAGGCUUAUUUAAUGUUGAUAAUUCAGGAUUGAGUGGGGGGUUAGCAAUGUUAUGGAGGACAAAUAGUUAUGCAACACUGAUUGGCUAUUCGAGUAAUUACAUUGAUAUUGAGGUGAGUGUUCCUGGUUUUGAUAAGUGGAGGAUGACUGGUUUCUAUGGCUUCUCGAAACGACCACAAAGGAGGGAGUCAUGGGAUCUUAUCCGUUCAUUACCAACUAAAUCGGAUCUGCCGUGGGUUAUUAUUGGAGAUUUCAAUGAUCUAUUAUUCCAGUAUGAGAAACGAGGGGGAAACCCUCAUCCAGAAAAUUUGCUACGGGGUUUUGGAGAGACGAUUGAUGAAUGCGGAUUGACACAGUUGCCUAUGUCUGGAUAUCCCUUCACUUGGGAAAAGGGGAAGGGCACUCUGAAUUGGAUAGAGGAACGCUUGGAUAAGGUGUUAGCCACGCAGCCUUGGAGGGAGUUGGUGCCCGAUGCGAAUGUGCAGAACAUAUUGACCCGAAAAUCGGAUCAUUCCUUCCUUUUCCUUGGGAUUCUGAAUCUUCGGGGGAGGGGGGUGAUCUGCGUAGGGGUUUUCGUUUUGAGAUGGCUUGGCUGCAUGAUGAAGGAUGUAGGGAGGUGGUGGAGAGAUCAUGGGGAGAAGGGAGAGAUAAGGGGCUGCAAGCGUGUACUGCAAUUUGUGGAAACCGGUUGA